AUGGCGACGCCCAUCGCCAGCCCGGCCCCGGCCGCCUUCGACAGCACGCCCGGCAGCGACCUGUCGUCGCAAUGCGACCGCAUUCCCGCCGCCUGCCAGCCUGCGAAGCUGCGCGCCGCCGUCGAGCUCUCGCACGCCCCUGCGCCCCGCCCGACCGGCUCGCCGCAUUCCUCGCCAAAACCCGCGCCCGCCGCGUACCCACCCUCCGGCCACGACUCCGUCAUCUCCACGCCCGGCUCGCCCAAGCAGCUCUACUCGCACAGCUCCACCUCAAAUACCAGCCGCGAUGCCCGUCACAGCCUCGCCCAGUCGCUGCCCGUCGCCGACGACGACGAAAAGGCCGCCCUGUCGCCGCCCGCCCCGGCCGUCGUGCGCACCACCCAGCCCCGCAGCUCCAGAGACAUGGUGCUCGACCUAGAGAAGCAGAGCUACUCGCCGGCGCCCCACAGCCGCCGCUCCGCCAGGACCGUCCCCCAGGACCUGUACGCUCCCGCUGACCCGGACGAGGUCGAGCUGGAGGACAAGGCCUUCAGGAUCCUCCUCCAUCUCUCUGGCUUCGCCUGCCUCGUCUCCUUCGCCAUCUCGCUGUGGACUCUGCUCGCCGUCUUCAUUGCUGCCCUGCUGCAGCCUCUGCGUUUCUGCAGCAUGCGCCCCGACUACCGCGAGCAGCUGGUCAAGUUCCUCAGCCCGUCGCUGUGCCUCCAAUUCCGUCUCAUCUACAGCGCCCCGCUGUCGUCCAUGUACAACACCCCGUUACUCUUCCUCGUCUGUCUGCUGUCGCCUUUCGUUGCUAUUGGCAUUGCCAUUGCUGCCUGGAUCUCGGCGUCAUUCUGGAUCUACGCUGCCAUCAUCGGCGACCCAGGCCCCAAGGACGGCCACAACGACGGCCGCGAGGCGGUUCUCACCGUCCGUUCGUACUGGGAAUCCUGGCUCCUCCGCGCACUGAGAUGA